AUGGCAACUUCAGAAUUGGAGGAAGAUGAGGAUGCACCUGGUGAAGAGGACGAAGACUUUGACGCAGCUUCACCUACGCAUGAGAGGGCGAAUGGAAUGGAUCACGACAGAUCAUCGUCCGAAGCUGGGUCCAGACCAGGCAAGCGGAAGGCGGAAGUUGAUGAUGAAGAAUUGAUGAAGCUGAAUCCGGAGCUGUAUGGCUUGCGUCGUAGUGGCCGCGCCAGACCUAGCCGUCGAGUGGUACGUGCGCUCGCCAUUUCCGACGAAGAUGAAGACGACGAGGGCGCCGUUAACACCGGCAGACGGCGGAAACGUCAAAAGCUUGCCGCUGGCGGACCAUCACGAGCCGAUAGAGAGUCUUCACGUCAGGCUUCGUCACCAGCCUCAGAGUCGGAAGAGGGUGGUACAUAUGGCGGUCAGCGUGGCCGCACCUUCGCCAAAAAGCACCGACAAAAGAUGCAAGCCAUUGCCUCAGGGGGUGGGACACCGCAACUGAGCGAGGUUCGCUUCUCUACACGACGGGCGGCAAAAGUCGCGAACUACGAUGAAGAGCAAGACCUGGGCAUCAGCGAGGAGGACGACACCGAGACCGCAACACCACAAUAUUACUAUGUCGAGGACGAAUCACCCGCGAUCGACCAGGUGCUGAACCACAGGCUCAAGGAGGGUGCUGCCGAUGUAGAUGCGAGCAAUGGUGACAAGCACGACUAUGAGUUUUAUAUCAAGUGGCAAGGUCAAGCACAUUACCAUGCCACAUGGCAUCCAUGGGCCGAGCUAUCGUCAUACAAAGGCUUCCGCCGCCUCGAAAACUACUUCCGAAAAAUCGUCAAGAUCGAGAUUCAAUUGGCGACCGACCCCGACAUCGCCGCCGAGGACAGAGAGAAAUGGAACCUCGAUCGGGAAGCAUAUCUCGACUCUCUGGUGGACUACAAGAAGGUGGAGCGUGUCAUUGGUGCAAGAGAUGGCGAAACAGAGAAAGAAUACUACGUGAAGUGGAAGGGUCUAUACUACGACUCGUGCACUUGGGAGACUGCGACGCUCGUCGCUCAGGAAGCGCAACACCAGAUCGAUCGAUAUCUCGACCGCUCGGCGAAGCUCCCGGUAUCGGACAAGAAUGAGCAGAACGUCAACACGCGGUCGUCGUACAAGCCAUUCAGGACACAACCGGCCUACAUCAAGGGUGGCGACCUUCGAGAAUUUCAGAUUCACGGCGUCAACUUCCUGGCGCAUCACUGGUGCAAGGGAAACAAUGUCAUCCUCGCCGACGAGAUGGGACUUGGCAAGACAGUCCAGACCGUGUCCUUCAUGAAUUGGCUACGAAACGAUCGUCGACAAAAUGGUCCCUUCAUUGUCGUUGUACCUCUGUCAACCAUGCCUGCGUGGGCCGACACCUUCGAUCUGUGGACGCCGGACAUCAACUACGUGGUCUACAAUGGCAACGAAGCCGCUCGCAAGAUCAUUCGAGAUCACGAGUUGCUGGUCGAUGGCAAUCCCAAGAAAGUCAAGUUCAACGUCCUGCUCACGACUUACGAGUACAUCCUCGUCGACUCCGGCUUCUUGUCACAGCUGAAAUGGCAAUUCAUGGCUGUGGACGAGGCUCAUCGAUUGAAGAACCGCGAGUCGCAGCUGUAUGCGAAGCUCAUGGAUUUUGGCGCACCGAGUCGGCUCCUCAUCACCGGCACGCCCAUGCAAAAUACCCUUAGUGAGCUGUCUGCGCUCAUGGACUUCCUCAUGCCCGGCAAGAUCUUCGUCGACGACCAACUGGACUUGACCUCGGAGCAUGCUAGCACGAAGCUUGCUGAACUCACCGACGCCAUCUCCCCGUACAUGAUCCGACGCACGAAGCAAAAGGUGGAGAACGACCUGCCGCCUAAGACCGAGAAGAUCAUUCGUGUCGAGCUGUCCGAUGUGCAGCUUGAGUACUACAAGAACAUUCUCACCCGGAAUUACGCUGCGCUCAAUGCUGGUAACAAGGCUGGCAAGACGUCGCUGCUCAACAUCAUGAUGGAAUUGAAGAAGGCCAGCAAUCAUCCGUUCAUGUUCCCGAAUGCAGAAGACAGGAUUCUGGCUGGCAGUGACGCCCGCGACGACCAGCUCAAGGCACUGAUUACAUCAAGUGGCAAGAUGAUGCUUCUCGAUCAGCUUCUCACAAAGAUGAAGCGAGAUGGCCACCGUGUGCUUAUCUUCAGUCAAAUGGUGAAGAUGCUUGAUAUCCUCGGCGACUACCUGCAACUUCGUGGGCAUCAGUUUCAGAGACUGGACGGCACAAUCGCUGCAGGACCUCGACGAAUGGCCAUCGACCACUUCAACGCAAAAGACAGCCAAGAUUUCUGCUUUCUGCUCUCGACUCGCGCUGGUGGGCUCGGUAUCAACUUGAUGACUGCCGAUACUGUCAUCAUCUUCGAUUCCGACUGGAACCCACAGGCCGAUCUGCAGGCCAUGGCCCGAGCACAUCGCAUUGGUCAGAAGAAGCCCGUCACCAUCUACCGACUCGUCUCCAAGGACACUGUUGAAGAAGAAGUGCUCGAGCGCGCUCGCAACAAGCUGAUGUUGGAGUUUAUUACCAUUCAGCGAGGUGUGACUGACAAAGAUGCUCGCGAGCUCGGUGAUCGAAUGGCCAAGGUCGGUGCUAGCACUUCCGAACCGACGUCUUCCGACGACAUCUCGCGCAUCUUGAAGCGACGUGGUCAGAAGAUGUUUGAGCAGACUGGCAAUCAGCGCAAGCUGGAAGAGUUGGAUAUCGAUGCAGUUCUCGAGAACGCCGAAGAGCAUCAGACCGAGCAGCCGCAAGGCAUGACAACCGAUGGUGGCGAGGAGUUCCUGCGCAGUUUCGAGUACACCGACGUCAAGAUCGACCUCGAAUGGGAUGAGAUCAUUCCCAAGCAUGAGCUCGACAAGAUCAAGGAAGCCGAUCGCAAGAAGCAGGAGGAAGCCUACCUUGCUUCUGUCAUCGAGGACAGCCAGCCGCGUAAGCGCAAGGCACCCGGCGAAGAUGGGCGUGAUCAAAGAGCUGCGAAGAAGCGCGCAAGAGAUCUCAACGCGAACGCUGAUAUUGACAACGACUCUGGCGACGAUGAUUCGGACCAUGGCAGCGAUCCUAAGCGGGCGCUUGGCGAGAAGGAGUGCCGCCACCUCAUCCGCGCGUACGAACGGUUCGGGUCUAUCGACGAGAAGCAGGAUGAAAUCAUCAAAGAAGCUCGCCUCGUCGGCCGCGAUGUCGAUGUGGUGCGUGACACCCUCAAGGAGAUCAUCGAUACUGCCAUCCGGCUGCAGAAGGAGCAGGCUGAUCAGCUUGCCGAGAUCGAACGGACUACGAACAAGCCCAUCACGAAGAAAGAGCGCAAAGCUGUUCUUUUCGACUUCCGCGGUGUGAAGCGUCUGAACGCUCAGACAUUGACUGAUCGACCCGAGGAGAUGAAGAUGGUGCGAGAUUGCGUCGACCAGACUCCUGAUUGGAGAACAUUUCGUGUGCCCGAAGCCCAGAAGCCUGCAUCGUACACCGCAGAGUGGGGUGCGAAGGAGGAUGGUAUGCUCUGUGUUGGUAUCGCAAGGCAUGGGUACGGCGCAUGGAUCCCCAUCCGAGACGAUCCCGAUCUCGGAUUGACUGAGAAGUUCUACCUUGAAGAACACCGUGUGGGAGCUAAGGAAGCGCGCAGUACCGGUGGCGACGAAGUCAAGCAGGCCAAGUCUCCUGGUGCUGUUCACCUUGUGCGACGUGCGAACUACCUCAUCAGUGUUCUCAAGGACAAGCUCAGCAACGGCACCAACCAGGCGGCUAAGCGGGCACUCGAGAACCAUCACCGGAACAACCGCAAGCAUCUGGGUCAAGGUCGCAUAUCCACGCCGGGACACGCCGGCAGUCCAGGACCUUCCGGUCACCGCAAGAGUCACGCUGGCGAUAGUAGGAUGCACCAGUCGGACAUUCGCAACAGCUUGAAGCAUGGCUCUCCCAAUGGACACCUUAGAAGGGAUGACCGGAAACCGCGCUACAGCGAGGAGCGCAGGACAGGCCACCAUCGCAAUCACAGCUCACCCAUGAACGGCGCCUCCAGGACUAUGUCCGAGGCCGACCAGCGUGUCCGCAAGAUCAUGGAGCCCAUUCAAAGCACCCUCAUCAAGGUCUCCGGCGCUACCAAGAAGAAGAUGCCUGAAGACGAUGCGCGUUUGAAGAUGAUCAAGAUGGGACUCGUGGCUAUCGGCAACCACAUCACGACGCAGGUCCAGAACAAUGGCCAAGCGAGCUUCGAAGACAAGCUCUGGGACUACGUUUCGGAGCAUCAUUGGCCACAGUCCAAGUCGAGCGACAAGCGUGUCUCUGGUCACAAGCUUCGCGAUAUGUAUAAGAAGAUCUCUGGCAAGGACAAUGCCGCGGCGGCUUCCAAGACGAGUCCGACCAAGCCACGUCCUGCUGCUACUGAGGCUGGAGCUUCAAAGCCGGCUUCCAAUGGCACGACUCCGGCUGUGAAGACAGAAGCUGUCAAGGUCGAGCCGACGACGGCCGAGUUGCCGAAGGAAGAGUCUGUCAAGGACGAAGUGCCUGUGAAAGCCAUCGAGACGAAAUCGGCGAACGAACGGCCAAGCAAGCUCGAAGACGUCAAGACGGAGUUAAAGCCAAUCGAGCCGCCGGUCGAAGAGAAGGCAUUCGCACAGGAAUCAGCACCCAAAGACGAGGCGCAGAACGGCGAGACAAAGCCGGAGGUCAAGCCCGAGGCUUUGCCGGAGGUUGCUGCGCGAUAG